UGAUGACGCAAGAUGUAGACGACCCUUGUAACUUAACGCACUAACGAUAAUAUCUUAUACAUUAUGAGUGAAAUAAACAUUUUUUGUUCAAGAAUAGUUGUUGCUUUUUCUACUAACAUGAUCUGAAAAGCGUCCUCCACCCUCCCUUAGAAUAUUGAUAGGAUUGACGGCCGCUUAAUAGAUGUAAAAUGUCGUUUUUGGUGGAUUCCAUCAUCAUGUUCACCUCACAGGUGCUGUUCUUUGGAUUUGGCUGGCUGUUCUUCAUGCGACAGCUUUUCAAAGACUAUGAGGUGCGACAAUAUGUGGUGCAGGUGGUCUUCUCUGUCACCUUUGCCUUCUCAUGUACCAUGUUUGAACUCAUCAUUUUUGAGAUUCUGGGUGCCUUGAGUAGCAGUUCCCGAUACUUCCACUGGAAGUUGAAUCUCUACGUGAUUCUGCUGGUUCUCAUCUUUGUGGUGCCUUUCUACAUUGGCUACUUUGUGGUUAGCAACAUUCGCCUGUUGCACAGACAAAGGCUGCUGUUUGCAUGCAUGGUGUGGUUUACCUUUAUGUAUUUCUUCUGGAAGCUGGGUGACCCUUUUCCUAUCCUCAGUCCAAAACAUGGUAUUCUCUCCAUUGAGCAGCUGAUAAGCCGUGUUGGCGUGAUAGGAGUCACCCUAAUGGCUCUCUUGUCCGGAUUUGGUGCCGUCAACUGCCCUUACACGUACAUGUCCUAUUUCCUCAGGAACGUAACAGACAGUGACAUCCUUGCUUUGGAGAGGCGGUUGCUUCAAACGAUGGACAUGAUUGUCAGCAAGAAAAAACGCAUCGCCAUGACACGAAGGCAGAUGUACCAACGUGGAGAAGACCAGAACAAACAGACAGGAUUGUGGGGCAUGAUCAAAAGCGUCACCUCGCCGCAAACGGGCAGCGAAAAUUUGUCUCUCAUACAGCAGGAAGUGGACGCCUUGGAGGAGCUCAGUCGACAGCUUUUUCUCGAGACUGUUGACUUGCAAGCCACCAAGGAACGCAUUGAGUACUCCAAGACGUUUCAGGGAAAAUACUUCAACUUCCUGGGCUACUUCUUUUCCAUCUAUUGCGUGUGGAAAAUCUUUAUGGCCACCAUCAACAUUGUGUUCGAUCGAGUGGGAAAGACUGAUCCAGUGACAAGAGGCAUUGAAAUAACAGUCAACUACUUGGGCAUCCAGUUUGACGUCAAGUUCUGGUCCCAGCAUAUCUCCUUCAUCUUGGUGGGCAUCAUCAUCGUCACGUCUAUACGAGGUUUACUCAUAACUCUCACAAAGUUCUUUUACGCUAUAUCGAGCAGCAAGUCUUCAAACGUCAUCGUGCUGGUCCUGGCUCAGAUUAUGGGCAUGUACUUUGUGUCAUCGGUGCUGCUGAUGCGCAUGAGCAUGCCGCUGGAAUACCGCUCCAUCGUGACGGAGGUUCUGGGAGAGCUGCAGUUCAACUUCUACCACCGCUGGUUUGAUGUCAUCUUCCUGGUCAGCGCCCUAUCCAGUAUUCUCUUUCUCUAUCUGGCUCACAAACAAGCCCCAGAGAAGCACAUGGCACUCUGACACCCCCCCCCCAAACCAACAUGUUCCUGAAUCAGGAAUUUGAAAAGCGGACCCUUUGAUUACACGUAUUUUUGCCUUUUCCGCUACUUUCCACUUUUUUUUUUUUUUUUUUUUUGGAAGACACUGGAAUUGCUUCAUUUUUUAUUUUUAAAUAUGUCAUUUGUUCUUUAAUUUGUUUGAUUUUACUGUGUAUUUCUUUAGUAUUAAAUAAAAGCAGCAGGGAAAUGGCACUUUUUCAGUGUUAGAGUAACAUGAAUUUACACUGUAAACAAAACCUUUGAAAAAUUUAUGUUAAUUAAUGGUUUUAGGUAAGCAGAACAAACUUUGAACAAAUGUUCAUUCACCACUAGCCCUACGAGUGCAAACUGAUUGGAUGUCUACUAGUGACAAAUUCAUUCAAAUUUACAGCAGAAGGACGAUUGGGCGCCACACGAUUGGAUGUCUAACAAUUAAAAAAAAAAAAAAAAAAUUAUCAACAGUAUGGCCUACAAGCACCGAGCCCCUUAUUUUAACAUCUUUCCAAACUUUAUAAACUAAAAUAAAAUAGAUUAACAUUAAUUGCAUUUUCAGCAUCACUGAUAAAUAUAUAUAUUUAUAAAAUCCUUUUGAACUGCUUACAAAUUCAAAGCAUUGGAAAAUAUUGUCAAGAACUUGAUGUUAAGGAAAUUAUUCAAGUUCAGUGCAUGCAUGACUAUUCGAAACAAAUUAGUUGAGUAAACAUGUCGAAUGUAUGAUAAAUUGGUGUACCAGUCCAGUAAGCAUAGUUUGUCUUUUUCGGUCCCAGAUGAUGAUUGUUAGGAAUACUUGGCACGGUCAUGUUGUUGUUUCUUACAGUCUGUCAUCCAUGCUAUGAGAAGAUGAAGAUGAAGACUCCGAUGAAGUCUGCAAGGAGAGAAGUAUUUAGGGUUAAGUGUGGUUGCAUGGAAUCACCCACUUACCGGAUCUUUAGAAUCAUAAUGCACUGCAUUGUUGUUGUUUUUUUUUAACAUUAAAAUUAUUGCCCACAUAGUAGUAUACCAUUUAAAAAGCCUCUUUCAUUUACAAUGGCAAAAACAUUUAAAAUGUUCAAAAUCCUACUUGUCCUACAGUCAAAUUCACAUAAUUCACACAUCAAAACUAAGGCAAACAAAAUUGAUUACUGUAAUUUUCGGACUAUAAACCGCUACUUUUUUCCCCUCAUUUUGAAUCCUGUGGCUUUUAGUCCAGUGCGGUGUAUUUGUGGAUUUAUUUGAGUUAAUAGGUAACACUUUAUUAGACAUGACACUAUCAUGGGCAUUAAUGAAUGCUUUUGACAGAUGUCAUUAAGUGUCAUUCAGCAAAUUAUGUCACUAACUCCAUUUAUGGCCAGCUCGAAUCUUUUAGAUCCAUUCAAAAGUGAGACAAUUUGCCAGAUGACACAACAUGAUAUCUAUUCUGUCACAAGCAUUUAUGAAUGCUCAUGACAGUGUCAUGCCAUAAUUAUGAAGGUUUUAUGACAGUCUUAUAGCACCACUGUCAAAUAAAGUGUUACUAAAUACCAUAACUAGCAAUUAAUAAAACAACUGGAACAGUAACUGAAGAAUAUAAUUAGCACAAAACAUGAAUUUUGAUUGUCAUUUACAACUGUAGCGCUGGAUUGAAUGCUAGGAGGAAUGUUGGAUGACAACAGUGUUGACAGCAAGUGGUAGCAAAGGAGAGCAGUGAUGGCCAAAUGAAGCAUCUUGAACCAAUGAAGUUUUGCAGCCAAUUGCUUCAAAGCUUCAUGGUGGUUCAUUUGGUCUUUUGACAGUCUUAUAAUGCCACAGUCAAAUAAUUAUUGACUGUUAAUUAUUGACAAAUAAAUCCGCGUGACGUUGAAGUCACCUAAACAUGAAAGGGUACCGCAACUGAAAAGAAAGAGCGGCUGGCUUGACCACGAAAUUAAAAAACACGGCUCACUUUAGACAGCAAGCAGACAACCAAAACAUAGGGAUUUCGUAAAAGAGUUUAUUGAACACACAAAAAAAUCACACAAUCGCAAAAAGGGAGACACACAAUGGUCAGUGACAUUAGCUCGGGAUCAGUUUAAAAAACAAAGGGAUAUACAAACUGUCAAAUGGCAGCGAGUCAAUCUCGGCAAGCCGCCAAGGAUCGGUUUAAAGACAUGAGCGGAUGAGCUAGAAUUGGAUGCAGAUAUGACAUUGGGAAGUCAUCCCACAGCUCUGUAACAAAACAAUCUGACCAGCAGCAGAAUGUGACAAAAUCAUGCCAGUCAUCAUACUAGCUUUAACACAGCAAUUCUCCCAGUCCAGGCCAACCACGUCAUCACCCCCAGCGUGCAUUGUUUGCGUAUGUGUUUCUAAUAACAUAUUUUAGUAAAAGAGAACAAUUGUGGCUUAUUACAGCCUACAAGGCUUAAAGUCCGAGGUUCCCUUUAACAGCCUAGCAGGAGUUGGUAAUGGAUUUCAGGAUGAUUUAGCAUCCUCGCAGAGAGGGUCUGUGACUUCAGGUUUCUGGGAAUGUACAUAUCACAGGACCUUUCAUGGGCCAACAACACCAGUGCCUUUGUGAAAAAGGUACAGAAGCACCUGUACUUUUUAAGGUCACUAAGAAAGGUCAACGUGUCCCAGGAUCUGCUCUUGUCCUUCUAAAGGUGCUCUGUAGAGAGCAUCCUGACCCACAACAUCUUAGUGUAGUUGUGGAGAA